AGAUGCAAUUGUACAAAACAAAACUGAAAUUCCCUGAUUUGCCGAGACGAGAAUAAUUGAAAAAAAUAGCAAGAAAAUAUGAAUAGUGGUUUUUAAUAAUACGUUAGUGAUUUGUAGUUUGUAGUUAUAGGAGAACCCUAAAAAUUGCCCUUUUUAAGUUAUACAAGGUGUAGUUUUAUUGUUUGUAUUUAUUGUUCUGUAAAGUGUAUUGGACUGCCAUGCUUUCUUGAACAUGGUUCAACUCCAUAUUGUUAAUUGUAUUCCGAAAUAUUCGUAAUAAUAUUUGACUGGGCAAGUUUAACGUAAAAUUAGUGAUUAAGAUGGACACUCAGGUGGUUCCUGCAGUAUCUAACCCUCAACCAGGGGAUGACAAGUGGGAACCUGGAACAUCUUAUGCCUUGGCAGUUCAGAAUUUUAAAUCUAACCAACAAAUUUCGACCAAAGAAAACACCGACAACAGCCAAGAAGAAUUGCCAAAACCAAUUUCACAAAAAGUGACGCCACCUCCAGCACAGACAGGAGAUGAUGAGGAUGGAAGCUUUACUCCGGUGGUAAACCAUAGCCGUAAAGAAAGGAAGUCUGAAAAAAAGAAACAGAGACAGCUACUGAAUGGAAACAUGGACAAGGCAGAAAGACACCCAGAGAGGACCCAUGACAAAAAAGAUUUACAUCCUGUCAGAAGUAAGCCAGAAAAAGAUGAAAAGGAGCCUAAGGAGAAGGACAACGAAGAGAGUCAAAAUGAUCCAAAGAAGGUAUUCGUAGCUGCUCCUUUACCUAAAGUCAAUCCAUGGCAAAAAAAUAAUAAAGAAUCGCAUGCAAUACCGGCUAAACCUACUGUAUCUUCUAAAAAACCAGAGCACCCUGUAGUUAAUGGAAAGAGCUUUAAAGAGUCUACUAAUAAAGGACAGUUAAACAAAAAUGCUAGUGAUUUUUCUAAUAUUGGAGAUUGGCCUACCUUAGGGGAUCAUACACCAGAGAUACCUUCUAUUGCUCCAAAAGUGACUGAAAACAAAAAGCAGAAAAGAUCAAGCAGUCCAACAAAUUCUGCCUCUUCGCAAAAAGAAAAACCGCAAGUAUUAAUUGAGCAGCCGCAGCAACAAGAUGACAAAAGAAAAGCUUCCAAACACAAAUGGAUUCCUUUAGAAAUAGACCUAAGCAAAGCUCAUAAAAACGACCGGAGAAGAAAUAACAGGAAUAAUUACUAUGACCGGGAUGUCCAGUCAACUGUCAGUGACGGUGAUAGAGAUUGGAGAGCUGAAUCGCUGAACAGCCAGAAUCACAGACCAAGACCUGCAUCAGCGGCACCAAGAGGUAGAUGGAGAAACAGAGGCAACAGAAGAGUUGCAUUUAAUAGAAGCUCUUCAAAUAGGGCUUCCGCUGAUGGUGAUUUUCUCGAAAAUGGUAUUGAUUUUGCUCAGUUAGGAAAAUUCGACCAUGGUGCUGAUGGACAUAACUAUAUGGUACCUUACAUGGGAACAUAUUACUUUAAUAGUAAUAACUACCUCAACUUGGAUGGUCCAACCCUUAAGGAAUAUAUUCGCAACCAAAUAGAGUACUACUUCAGUGAAGACAACCUCAAUCGUGACUUCUUCUUAAGAAGAAAAAUGGACCCAGAGGGUUACUUGCCUGUAACUCUGAUCGCCUCAUUUCACAGAGUUCAAGCUUUAACCAAUAAUGUUGCUCUGAUUGUCGAUGCAAUAAGCUCAUCAGAUAAAAUAGAGUUAUCUGCUGGAUUCAAAGUUAGAGCCAAACAUGAUCCUACAAAAUGGCCUAUUUUGGAUAGAAACAAUGACAAACACGAUGAGAUUAUUUCCAAAUUAGUACCCCCACCACCUGUUCCUAGAAAACUGCAAACACCUCAUCAUCACAUAGAAAAUCUUAAUCCUGAUGUUGCAGAGUUUAUUCCUUAUGAUAAAGAAAAGCCAAAUAACACACAAAAUACCGAAAACAAAGAGAAUCGCGUUCCUCAAGUAAAUUGCGAGGACGCUUCCGAAAAGACUGCAAAUGUGAACGAGAGUCAGAGCCCCAAAAAUAAAAACAAAAACGACGACGAAGACGAAACUUGGUUGCAAGUAAAACGGAAAAACAAGGAAAAUAAAGGAAAGAAGGAAGCCAAACCUAAGCCUUAUGAGUUUGAAAGGGAAGAACUGGAGUUUCAUUUUGAUGAGGAAUUGGAAAAUGUCCCUAUUGGAAGGCAAAAUACCUUUACGACUGAGUGGGCUAAUGAAGAGGAUUCAGAUGAGCUGAGCGACAGAGAUGUAAAUAAACUUCUCAUUGUAACUCAGACUCAGGCACCUUCAUCCUCGCGUGUACCGAAGCAUGAAGGCUAUGACAGGACCGGUGACUGGACAACGCGUGUCAAAAUCACGCAAGACCUGGAACAGGCCAUCAACGACGGACUCUAUUACUAUGAAGAGGAUUUGUGGAACGAUAUUGAAUUUGAUCGUGCUUCUUCAGGAAGCUAUAAGACUGUAACCAUAAUAAGUCAGGAAGAUUUCCAGAAGUUAGCACCGCCGGCACCUAAAAAACAGAACCCUGAAGUUCCUCCUCCACCACCGCCUAUUAUUGAGUUUAAAGUGUCUGGGAAUAACCAGAAUUCAAGAAAAGGUCCAAAGAAUGCUCCACACAGAAACGUUCCAAGAUUCUACGCUGUGGUUAAAGAUGAAAGACCUGAUCCAACGACGCCAAGGAAAAGAAAAACGCGUCACUCAAGUAAUCCACCGGUUGAGCAACAUGUUGGCUGGAUUAUGGAUGUCAAGGAACAUAGAUUGAGGACGACAUCAACUGGAAGUAGUUAUGGGGCUAGUCCAAGUGAAGGUGUUUUGGGUACCAGUUACGGUAGUGUACCUCAAGCUUUGCCGACUUUCCAGCAUCCAUCCCAUGCUUUGCUCAAAGAAAACAACUUCACUCAACAGGCUUAUAGCAAAUUUAGACAAAAGUGCCUUAAAGAGCGGAAACGAUUUGGCAUUGGACAAUCAAACGAAAUGAACACCAUGUUCCGAUUCUGGUCAUUCUUCUUAAGGGAAAACUUCAACAGAACAAUGUACAAUGAGUUCAAGUCCCUUGCCCUUGAGGACGCUGCACAAGGCUACAGAUAUGGCUUGGAGUGUUUGUUUAGAUUUUAUUCCUACGGGCUCGAAGUCAAGUUCAGACCCCACCUUUAUGAGGAUUUUCAAGAGGAAACUGUGAGAGACUACGAAAAUGGACAGCUUUAUGGGCUUGAAAAAUUCUGGGCUUUCUUGAAAUACUACAAACACGGAAGUCAUUUGACUGUCAAUCCUACCCUAAAAAAACAUCUUUCUAAUUUCAAAACCAUCGAGGAUUUCAGAGUCGUUGAACCAAGAAUCAAUGAAAUCUUCCAGUCAAACGGGAAAGGGUACCGUCAAAAACCGAGGAACAGGACACUUUCUGAAAGCCAAAUAGCACCUGUGCCAAGCACUUCUCGCGACGAUAGUCGUCGAUUAUCCGCUUCUAAAGACAAAUGUGAUAACUCUGUAAAUCAAUACCCACAACCCGGCACGAGCGCACCUGCAAGUACAGGUUUCAGAUACCAAAGAAACCGCACCCAUUCUUUUGGUUCUGGCCGAGCACAAAAACAAUCCCGUACAAGAACUGAUUCAUGGAGAGCCAAAGAUCAUAGAGCUUCCCUUGGUGCAACACAAAAUACCUCCGAGGAAUAAUGAGAAAUGUUUUAUAAGAAGAUAAAAAUAUUUGUUAGCUGGAUAUUUUUCAUAUUUUGGUAGGCUUUAUAGUUAGAAGAUUUUAUAUUCUAUUUCUACAGGUACUAUGUAGGUUUAAACUACAUCAUCUCAGCUACUUACUAUAAAUAUAAAAAUUCAUAAAAAAAAUACUUUAAAAAUGUGCUGUAAAUCAGAGAGUUUUUUGGUGCCAUUGCUUCUAAUUGUAUGUUCCCUGUUUUUAUUUUUCAAUCACAUUUUUCUUUAAUCUGUGACAAUGUUGGUUAUAUCUGUUGCGAAUUCAAUAAUAAAUUCAACUUUUUAAUAUUUUAAAUAUAACUCUCUAUAUAGAUAAUUAAAACUAAUAACUUGCAUUUCCUAGUAAUACUCUUAGAUCAUUCUACCACCUUGGAUUUGGAUUAUUACCAAAUCCUCUAAUAAUUAUUAUUGUACUAGUCUACAGGUAGACAUAGUAAAGCUCGAUUUAUAUUAGCAAAAUCAGUGAAAUUGAAUUUUAUCUACUACUUCCCAUUAAUUUUGCAGUAUAAAUCGGAUCCUAUUUGGUGUUAACAAAUACACAAAUAUUGUGAUUACAAGGGAGUUAUAUUCCUAAUUUAGUCCAUAUGUUUUAUAGAACUGAAGUAAUUUCUUAGUCAUUUUUUCUUAAUUUUAUGACAAUUUUGCACAAAUGUGAUCAAAAUCAGUUUGGUAUAAUGUUAGUUUGGUUUCUUUGGAAGUCAGUGAACACGAAGCCUGUUAGUUACAUGGAAACCGCCACAAGUUGCACUAUAUGAUCAUUUUAAACAGAGAUGGGUGUUAUGUAAAAAAUCUAAAAGAAAAUCACAAAGUCAAAAAUAUCAUUAAAAUACAAAAAUCAAAUUGAAACAUAGUGAAAUAACUUAAGUAUUUUUUUAGAAGUCAUUAUCAGUUAACAGUGUUUUUGGAUAUUCAUGAAGAUUUUUUUACAUUUUAAGUUUUCUACACAAAAAUGUUUUAUCCGUUAAGCUUUUUUACUCGCCCAUCCUUGCUAUAUUAAGUAUUAUUAUGGAUACCAUAAAGUUGAAUUGGGAUAUUGCCUGUUUACAUCUAUCAAUUUGUUAUUGACAACUAGUAAAAUUCUAUGGAAAUAAGCAUGUUUAUUUUAAAUGAUCAUAAAGUGUAUUAAAUUGGAAGAACAACAGACCAUAUUGGUUUUUUGUUAAUAGUUGUAUAUUUUAUAAUAUAGUUCUCACUACGUUUAUAUAUUCUACGUUAAGUUGUUUAAUUUUUUUUUAUAUAUAAGGCUAUGCUUGUGUAUAUACUGACUCGUUGUAGGUAAAUACUCUCAUAAUCAUCCUACAUUUUGGCUGUUUUUUUUGCUUUUGCAUCAUCAUGAUUAGACAAACGAUAUGUUCAAUUAGGUGUGGUAUAAAUCUUGAUUCUUCAUUUCACUUUUGGAUAUAGUAUGUUAAAAAUACUGUAAGACGACGAAACUUUAUGGUGUAACUGAACUAUCAGAUUACAAUUUUUUAUUAGUUGUACUGAAGUUGGGAUUUUAUAUUUUUAAGAACCCUGUAUAUUAUUAGUGCAGUGAUUUCCAUGCUUCUUUAUAAAUGAGUUGUUUAGUCUUGAAUCCUAGAAUUAUGAUCUUAUUAAAUAUUUCAUAAAAUGUUAAAAAUAUACAACGAUCUAAAAUAAAUUUUAUAUAUUAUAAAAACUUAUGCCUUAGUUUUGGUGGCAUGUAGAAAAUAGUUUAAAAUGAAAUUUUAUUAUUUUAGGGAAUUCAGUUUCUCAUGGAAAUCGCUGUUACAUAUAUAAGCAUAUUCACAUUUUUAGAAUAUGACAGAAGUUUGUAAUGAUAAUAUUUCAUAUUCUCGUAAUAUGCAAAUAUUUGUACUGUUAUUUUUAUGUAUAUACAUUCUGAUUGUAUGGAAAAUAUGAAAAAUGGAUGCUUUCUUUCUAAUUAAAAAACUAUUUUUUAUUCAUGGUUCUUUAGAGAAAUGAAGUUAUAGAUAAAAAAAUUUAGUUCUUUAUUUUUUAUUUAAUAUUAAAUUUUCUUAGAAUGUAUUUUAGUUGGCGAUUUCUAAACUAUCUGUAUAUAACUAUAACUUUUAAAAAUCCAACGUUAAUUGUUCAAUUGUGUUCUAUAAAAAAAAUGUUUUUGAGGUAAUUCUUAACAUUACCCUGCUUAGUUACUAUGAGGAGUGCAAAAAAAAAUAGGAAAAGAGCAAGGAGUUUUAUUUGCAUAAUUUUAAGGCCAUUCAAAUUUGUUUAAGUCAAUAAAGAUUAACAUAACUGCUAGAAAAAUAUAUUUUUUUUACUGAAAAUACAUAAUUUUAUUUAUACGAAAAUAGAAGCAAUAUUUUGCUCAAAUUUAAUGUUAACUAUUACUUAUUAUGUUGUUUUCUUUUGAUCACUCUGUAUUUAAUUAAUAUCAUUCGAUUAAUUAAUAUUAGUUUCUAAUGUUUAUUUUUAACUAUGCCUUAAUUUAGAUUUUGUAAUUACAAUUUAAGAAUGUUUGUUUAUUAAUUUCUUUGGGGCAGUUUCAGUUAAAUUAAUCGUAACCAAGGUAAAUAAAACAUGUGAUAUUGUAAGGUUUUUAAAUAUUUUGCUCAACUCCUUGCAUUUAAUUAUAACUGCAUUGUACAGUAGAAAGUAAGGUAGUUCAUAGAGUGUGUUGUGGAAGUAUGGUGUCUGAGUUGUCUUCCAGUGACACUAAAAAAAAAUUAAAAACUUUCAAAACCGCC